AUGGCAAGUAACCGAGACGGAAAUUACAACUAUGACGCCAGCGUUCCAGCUACAGCUCUCUUCGCUGCGCUCUUUGGCCUAACUUUGGGCCUACAUAUUUUACAAGCUCUCCGUGGAAAGUGCCGUUACCUUAUUCCCUUAGUGAUCGCUACACUUAUGGAAGUAAUGGGAUAUAUCUUCCGUAUUCUUGCCAUCAAGAAGCCCGAUCAACUCUGGCCUCUCAUUCCCUCUGAAACCUUAAUUAUCACGGCCCCAGCCUUCCUUGCUGCUAACAACUACAUGAUCUUUGGUCGUAUUAUGGCCUAUGUUGGGCCCGAAUACGGGCUUGUUGGUCAUGAGUUCAUCACCAAGGUCUUUGUUGGAGCGGACAUAGUAGCAAUCCUUACACAAGCUUCUGGAGGGUCUAUGCUCAGUGGAGAUGAUUUCUCGAGCGUUAAAAUUGGACGUACCGUACUUAUUGUUGGAUUGGCUUUCCAGGUUGUCGCGUUUGGAAUAUUUAUGUUCAUUGCUCUGGCUUUGGAUUUGAAAACACGUCGUAAACUGGGAGACAAAAUGACACCCAUUCGGCCCCUGAUAUGGGCUUUCUAUGUCAGCGCGUUACUUAUCAUUAUUCGGAGCAUUUUCCGCGCUAUUGAGUUUUCAACCAUCAGCUUUGAAUCUGAAGUACAACAGGGAUAUGCCAUCACGCACGAAUGGAUGUUCUACGUACUUGAUUCAUUGCUAAUUCUUCUUGCCACAAUUGUUUUUAACUGGAUUCAUCCUUCAAGCUAUCUACCCAGCCGCAAAGGUUUGAGGAUGGAUGGAACCACGUACGAAGUAAGGAAGUUUAGGCUAUUCCGACGCAAGCGCGUUGAUACCCCAGAGCCCAAGCCAGAGGAGCAGGAAAUGGCACUCUCAUCCUCUCGGUAUGGAGGAGACGAUGCCUUGCUGCCCAGCAUUUUCGACAGUUCUUCCCAUUCAUUGAUAGACCAAUCAUCUAAACCUACUGGACUAUUUGGAAACUCUGAUCUUGCACAACCUUCUGACUUCAUCUCCUUGGCCAAACGAACCCAAAGAUAUACAAAGCGUAUUGUUGACCGGAUCGUUGAUUAUGGUCAAACUGAAUCCGGGAGUUCAACAGAUUUAGCUACUCUUGUUAGACUUGUGGAUCGUCUUAGCGACACGCUAUGCUGUGUCAUUGAUACCGCUGAGUUUGUCCGUAAUUCUCAUCCUGAUCCCAGAUGGGUGGCGGCCGCAAACGAUGCCUACGAAUACCUUUGUUCAUGGAUGAACGAGCUUAACACACACGUUGGUCUUUAUAAGUCUUUGGAUCGGUUGACGAAAGACCCGGAAGCAGUCGCACGCCUUUCCCCCGAAGAGAAACAAGUCGCGUUACUCUUUAUUCGGGAUUUCGAGAAGUCUGGUAUUCACUUACCUGAGGCACAGAGAGUCCAGUUUGUGACGCUUUCGGAUACCAUCCUCAGUCUUGGACGCCAAUUUCUCACAGAAGCCGCGGCGCCCCGACCGGAUGUCAAAGUCAGAAUACGGGACUUAACUGGCGUACCACUAAAUGUAAUCCGCAGCCUAUCUUCCAGCGAUGCAAGAGGAGGCGAAGUUUGGGUGGCUCCGAAUUCAUGGGAAGCUCGAAUGAUUCUGCGAUAUGCCAUAAAUCCAAAUGUCCGGCGAGACGUAUUCACUGCUUCGAAUGCUCUAGUACCAGAAUAUGUGGAUACAUUAGAGGCAUUAAUCAAGACUCGAUACGAGUUGGCAAAACUUGUUGGCUCGCCGAGUUACGCAGCCAUGACAUUAGGCGAGAAGAUGGCUCGGGACCAGAAUAGUGUCAAUGAAUUUUUGCAUUCUCUUGCCUCUCAUCAUCGCCCAUUAGUGGAGGCUGAACUUGGGAAACUUGCUAAAAUAAAGCAAGAAGAGGAGAAUUCUCAAGAAACACCCGAAAUUCUGGCCUGGGACCGUGACUACUAUAUCACGCGAUAUACCUCCGGACGUUCAUCCGCUAUUGCCCCCGUCAAUUCAUUCUUCUCAGUUGGGACGGCCAUUCAGGGUUUGUCGAGGCUAUUCCAGCAUGUUUACGGAAUGACCUUCCGUGCAGAGAAUAUUCGCCCAGGUGAAGGAUGGGAUCCUCAUGUCCGGAAACUGGCCGUAAUCGACGAAUCAGAAGGGGUCAUUGGCUGGAUAUACAUGGAUCUCUUCGCUCGGGAUGGUAAACCAGGGGGCGCUGCACACUUUACGGUACGGUGUUCUCGAAAGAUGGCAGAUGAUGAAUUGGCCGAGAGAGAAGCCGAAGGUCUCCCCCCGCUAGCCAUUGAUGGGAUGCGCCUGAGAGGCCGGGACAGUCUCCAUCAGCUCCCGGUAGUUGUCCUGAUGUGCGACUUUUCGAUUCCUACGGACAGAGUUCCGAGCCUGCUUAGUUGGCACGAAGUUGAGACAUUAUUCCACGAGAUGGGUCAUGCUAUGCACUCAAUGAUCGGACGGACGGACUAUCACAAUGUGUCGGGGACGCGAUGUGCAACCGACUUUGUCGAACUACCCUCGAUUCUCAUGGAAUAUUUCGCAGCAUCCUCACCAGUAUUAGCAACUUACGCGCGUCACUAUUCGACUGGCUUGCCGCUUGAUUUCUCGAAUCUUCAGGCGCAGAUCCGAGCGCAGUCCCCCGUCCCAGCCUUAGAAACUCAUUCUCAAAUUCUCAUGGCAGCGCUCGAUCAGGUGUAUCACUCGAAUCAAAGUAAUUCGCUCUCUACCACCGCCGAGCUUGUUAAAUUGCAAAAGGAGCUGGGUGGAAUUCAGAUCGCCCCGAAUACAGCAUGGCAAACCCAGUUUGGGCAUCUAUUUGGCUACGGAGCCUCAUAUUAUUCUUACCUAUUUGACCGUGCUAUAGCCUCGCAAGUUUGGAAAAAGGUGUUUGCGCGCGAUCCGCUCAACCGGGAAAUGGGUGAGCGAUACAAGCGUGAAGUUCUUCGACACGGUGGGAGCAAAGAUCCGUGGCACAUGCUUGCAGCCCUGUUUGAUGAACCCGAACUCGCCGACGGCGGAGCAAAAGCCAUGAAGAGGGUUGGGGAAUGGGGAAUUGAAUAA